GAGCGAACCGGCUCCGCAGGACCGCGGGCGCGAGCUCGCUCCCGUGCAGCUCAGCGCCGCGCGGGUGGGUGGGAUCGUGGAGGAAUCGCCGAUGCCCAGGAAGCUAGGGUGAGGUGGUCGGCCGGGGAGAGCGGUCAUGGCGGCGUCGGCGACGACGGUGACGGUGACGGCGGCGACAGCAGCGGCGGCGGCCGGUCUUCCCGGCAGCGGCGAGGCCCGGAGGCCGCCUUUCCCUUAGGACUGAGGUCGGGGCCACUCAGGUCCUUCCCUCCGGCCCGGCCCCGGCCCCGGCCCCGGCUCCGGCUCCGGCAUGGCUGGGAUCAUCAAGAAGCAGAUCCUGAAGCACCUGUCCCGGUUUACUAAGAAUUUGUCCCCUGACAAAAUCAACCUGAGUACUCUGAAAGGGGAGGGACAACUGACCAACUUGGAGCUGGAUGAAGAGGUUCUGCAGAAUGUACUAGAACUUCCCACAUGGUUAGCUAUUACCCGGGUCUUCUGCAACAAGGCCUCCAUCAGGAUCCAGUGGACAAAGCUAAAGACGCACCCAAUCUGUCUGUGUCUGGAUAAAGUAGAAGUAGAGAUGAAAACAUGUGAAGAGCCGAGGCCGCCUAAUGGACAGUCUCCCAUUGCUCUGGCUUCAGGACAGAGUGAAUAUGGCUUUGCUGAGAAGGUGGUGGAGGGAAUGUUCAUUAUUGUUAAUUCUAUCACCAUCAAGAUUCACUCCAAGGCUUUUCAUGCCUCUUUCGAGUUGUGGCAGCUCCAAGGCUAUAGUGUUAACCCCAAUUGGCAGCAGAGCGACCUCCGCCUCACCCGUAUCACUGACCCCCACCGAGGAGAGGUUCUAACAUUUAAGGAGCUAACAUGGCAGACUCUUCGGAUUGAGGCAGAUGCCACUGACAAUGGUGAUCAGGAUCCAAUCACUACUCCACUGAGGCUCAUUACCAACCAGGGCAGGAUCCAAAUAGCUCUUAAAAGAAGAACCAAAGACUGCAAUGUGAUAGCCUCCAAGUUGAUGUUCCUGCUGGAUGACCUGCUAUGGGUUUUGACUGACUCACAGCUCAAAGCUAUGAUGAAGUAUGCAGAGUCGUUGAGUGAGGCUGUAGAGAAGUCAGCCCUACAGAGAAAGAGCUUGGCACCUGAGCCCAUUCAAAGUACUUCACCUGCUGCUCCCAGUGCCCAUCAUUCUUGGAACCAGACAUUUGGUGGUGGUCAGAGCAACGUUAGCAACAGCCGUAUCAGCCAGUACUUUGAGAAGUUUGAUGUGAAGGAAUCAUCUUAUCAUCUGCUUAUUUCACGCUUGGAUCUACACAUUUGUGAUGACAGCCAGUCCCGGGAACCAGGGGACUCAGCAAACAGAGUUAUGGGUGGUGCCAUGCAACUUACCUUCCGGAAAAUGGCCUUUGACUACUAUCCUUUCCACUGGGCAGGAGAGAAUUGUAGGCACUGGGUAAGGCACUGUGAGGCCAUGGAGACCCGAAGUCAGUGGGCUCAGAAACUGGUAACCGAAUUUCAAAGCAUGAUAGAAAAAUGGAAUGAAGAGGCAGAUCUCAAAUCUUCUUUGCACCUGGGUACAGACUUACCUAUCCACAAGAAGGCAGAAUCUUUCUCCAGUCCCCAGAAGACCCCCCUAGAGAAGAACUCAUUACACAGCUGCCAGACUGUUCCCACUCCACAUUGGCCCCCUGCCUGGAACCGAUUGCGCUCUAGUUGUUUGGUGGUACGUGUGGAUGACCUAGAUGUUCACCAGGUUUCUACAGCUGGGCAACCAAGGAAGAAGCCAUCUACCCUUCUUUCAUGCAACCGAAAACUUGGCAAUCUUCCCACUCAGAUAUCUGCCAUUCAUAUUGAAUUUACAGAGUAUUACUUUCCGGAUAAUCAGGAAUUCCCGGUUCCCUGUCCCAAUCUCUAUGUGCAGCUGAAUGGCCUAACCUUCACCCUAGAUCCCAUCAGUUUGCUUUGGGGAAACCUCUUCUUACUGGAUUUAUACCGCAGCCUGGAACAGUUCAAGGCCAUCUACAAACUUGAGGAUUCAAAUCAACACGAUGAACAUGUGGAUGUCCUGAUGGACACCUUCCAGUUAAAGUUGAACUUCCCCCUGGAGAAAAAAGAAUUGGCUUCCUUGCAUCGACCACAAGCCCUUGUUAUCUCCACUUCUGCCAUGACUGCCACUAAUACACGCCAUGCUCUGCAUUGUAGUUGUACAGACCUCCAGAAUAUCUUUCGUAGCUUUGCUGCUACUGAGUUCUUUCAUUCCAACUAUUCUCAUUUUCCCAAAGUCCCAGGUGGAUUCAGCCUCCUCCACAUGCUUUUCCUACAUCAUGCCUUCCAAAUGGACUCCCAUGCCCCUCAGCUCAGUACUCUCCUUCCUCAGAGGGAUCUGGCCUCCCAAGACCUCUGGUCAAUCUACUUCACCCAAAUAUCUCUGGACUUUGAAGGCACAGAGAACUUCAAAGGACAUGCAUUGAACUUUGUAGCUCCUUUCCCCUUAUCCAUAUGGAUUUGUCUGCCUAUCUGCUGGCAGCAAGCCCAGGCACGGAAACUGCUGUUGGUCAGGGAGGGGAAGAUGAAACCAUCAGCCAGUUUUGGCAGUACUGUCCAGCCCAUGUUUCUUGCCCCAGAGUCUGGAUCUCAUCAGAGGUCCAAGACAGAAUGUGAUCUGAAGAGUCUUUCUGGACUUCCUGAAGUCAUUAAUGUUCUGAGAGAAGGUAAUCGAGGUAUGGACAGCAAAGGACCCACAAUGGAAAUGGAGGCUACAGCAGAUGUCCAUAUGUUAAUACACUCUUCUUCUCAUGUUCGUGUGAGGUUGAACCACUACCAGUACUUGGCUCUGCUCCGACUGCAGGAAGCACUUCAGAGUCUUCAGGAGCAGUUGGCUCAGGACACUCAAGCUAUGACUGGAUCUCCUUUGCCACGCCAGACAGUUUGCAUUGGGAUCCUGUUCCCUAGCACUGAGAUAGCCUUACUCAUGCCCCCAACCACUUCCACUGCAGAGGCUGGCUCUGCAGGCUCAGAGACCACUAGUCUCAUAGAUUCAGAGCUCUCUCCUUCAGAGGAUAGGGAGCUGAAAUCUGAUGCUUCCUCAGAUAGGGGUCCAUUAAGCCCAACAAAGGUCCUAGAAGACAGUGGCAUUGAAAACCUGCGUACUUUACAGGAUAGAGCAGAUCCCUCCCAUAGUAACGGAAUACUGCAGGACCAGGACAACUCUUCACAGCUGGGAGACAAAGCCCAUGAGGAAGAGGUCCAUAAAUCCAUGGAAUCCUCACAGAUUAAAAGACUGAGGAAAACCCAGGUUUCUAAUCCAUCUGACAUACUGCAACGGGUGGUGAGUAGGGACACAUUUCUGAGUGCUCAGGGUGAGGCACACCCUGUAAAGAACAUCGAGGAAGAGUUGGCCAGUGCUAUACAUUUGACCAAGGAUGCAACCAAGGAAGCCCUUCACACCACUAUGGACCUUACCAAGGAAGCCGUGUCAUUGACCAAAGAUGCCUUUAACUUAGGCAAAGAUCGGAUGGCCUCCACAGUACACAAAAUGUUAUUCCUUCCUCCAGUCAACAGGGAGUCCAUGGCCAAAGUAGAGGAGGGAGGAACCGCAGCAAGCGGAGGAGCUGCCAGGCUUCGUUAUUUCUCAAUAAAGAGGACAGUAUCUCAGCAAUCACUUGAUGGUGUCUCACAGGAUGGUGGUGGCCCUGAAGAUAGGCUUUCAGUGGACAGCGAUGGAAGUGAUAGUUUUGUAAUGCUUUUGGAAUCCGAUUCUGGAUUGGAAUUAGUACCUCCAGAACAGCUCCCAUCAACAUUGGAUGUCAGUGGUAAUCAAGAGAGCCCCAGAGUAAAUGAUGAUGGCCUAAUAUCUCCAGAAGUGAAUAGCUCAGUGUCACCUAGCAAGAGAGACCCUAUUCUUCAGCCGGUAUCAGUUCUAGUCCUAAAGGUAAGCCAGGUAGCUCUUGGUAUUGAAGCACGAGAGCAGGACCUCACUGUAACCCUACAGUCAGAGGAACUAACCCUUCAGCAGCCAGGCAUUGUGAAGCUUUGGCAGUUUCUGCAUGAGCAGUGCCCAGAGUCUCCAGCUCUAAAGACUAGCCACACCAACCCAGCUGUGGGCCUCCGAUUUGAUGUGGGACCCUGUGCUGCUGUUCAUUCUCCCUUGGCUUCAAAGAAUGGUUUCCUUCACCUCUUGCUCCAAGGGGGCAGUCUGGAAUUGCUGACUUCAGUACUCACUGGCCUGGGGCCCUUCUUGGAGGAUGAGGAGAUUCCUGUGGUUAUCCCUAUGCAAAUUGAACUGUUGAAUAUGAGUAUCACCUUAAAGGAUGAUAGCCUCCCAAUUUACCCCACAUCCCCAGGACCUGUCCCAGUCACUCUGACCUUGGAGCAUAUUGUGGUGAAGCGGGAUGAUGAUGGUGUCUUCCAAAUCGUAGGUGCUGCCCAGGACAAGCCAUCAUCAGAAGGUCCUCAGCAUGAGAAAAAGCAACACUCAGAGGAACAGGUGGUUGGAUUACCUGCAGGAAUGCUCUUUGGACCCCAGGGGAAAGACCUGUCCACCCUACAGAAGGAACUUUUAGCCACAAAGCAAGCAUUAGCCUGUGCCAACAAAGACAAAGAGAAGCUUCUACAAGAAAUCAGGAAGUACAAUCCUCUAUUCCAGCUCUGACAGCAGGAACACCAGCUGCCUUUGCCCAUGGGAAAGAACACUAAUAGCAGAAAAAAAAGCAAGCUCCAUCUGAUAUUGUACAUGUCUGUUUGAUUACAUUGGAGGGAGAACAGGAAUUUCUGAACCUGCUCCUUUCAGGCCUGUUUUGUUCCUGCCAGCUCUUCUAGCCAAAGACAGGAAGCUUUGUGUGUGGUUCUCACUGUUCUAGUGCCAUUCACAACCUAUUUAAAGCUCCACAUGCCCAGUGGGCCCGAGUCUUUUGGUGUGUAAGACAUUUCAUGUCCUGGGGUCUUUGCAAAAAUGCUCACUUCCUCCUUAACACGAGUUUGUAUAAGGGAGAAAACCUGCUCCUUCCAGUAACCUGAGAAAGAACCACCAAAGAUCACAUGUCCCAGAGCUUCCAGUAGCAAAACUCAAUCAACAUGGCCAUGAACCCCAACUGAGGAAAUUGCAGCUCCACAGAGAGUAGUUCAGCAUGAUGAUGGGUGCAAAGGGAUGGAUGGAGCCCAACAUGAUCCAGAUGUAACACCUUAGGCAUGGUGAGAGAAAGGGACAGCACUCCACCAUUCUUGGAAAAGGAACUGAGCAUAUUUCAUCUUUGCAUAUACUGCCAUCAGAUUUUUCAGGAAGGUUUGUUAGAUAUAAGAAGGAACUAAAUUCAUUGUGGUAAUGUAAUAGUAGUAAACAAGGGUGCAAUGCCAAUGUUGUCUCUUCCUUCUAUAACAGUUUAUUUGAAACUCAAAACAACAAAAAUGGUAAGCACAGAGCUUAGUUGAAAAUCUGAUCUGGUAGAAGUGCGAGAGAGAUGAGUGGAAUUCUUGCAUUUGAUCUUUGGUACUGUUGAUUUUCUGAGGCUUUUAGAUCUUUACAAUUCCAGCCCCAGCCCUCAUCAGUUCUUUCCUUCCCAUACUCUUCUUCUCUAUUCCCCCUGUAGAUGAAAGUGUGAGUCAGAAACAGUUCUCUUCAUAUUAACCAGGAUGGAAGCUAAUAAUAUUUUUUUAACCUUCAGUAUAAAUAUCCAACAUGCACAACCCUUGCUUCCUUUGCAAUUGUGACUUUUCUUUGCUCACGUAUUAACUCUUCUCCCACAGAAGAACUUGCAUUUUCCCUUCUAAAAUAGGCAAGUCUCCAUAAUGUGCAAACCCAGGAAGCAUAUCAUUUGGUUAACUAUAACCAGGCAAGUUGGUCAAGUUGAGUCAAGAUAGAAUAAUUUAACAGUUUUAUAUCAUAACUUAUUGGAGAAAGGUUAACACUCUUUUUCUUAAACAGGAAAGUGUUCAACUUUUCUUUGAAUUAGUUAAAUUAGACUUUUAAAAAGUUUGGCAAGAUUCCACACCAGAUUUUCCUAAAGUUACUCCAUAAUAACUUUGGAGGAAUAUGAUACAGGCAGAGUAUAAGUAGGUUGCUUAAGAGAAGUCAUAAGAUAAAUUCAUAUAUGAUAGCCUCCUAAUCAACUAUUAGGGGAAGUUAGAACUUUGGGGAUACACAUCACAAUAGGCAAACAUAUUCUCUCAUAAACCAUUCUUUGUAGGAAUUUUGAAGACUAAGUAGAGUGGACUUUAGGUCUGACCAAGUGAGAAUUUAUGUUUUUUAAAAAGAAUGAAAAAAAAAAAAAGGACCAUAAAUUUGAAAACGUUGUUAAAUCUCAUGCUCACUUGAAUGAAGUUUAACUCAUAGCUAAUUGUUUUCUUCUUCCCUUACAAAGAAAAUGAGAAAAAUUCUAUAAUAGAUGUCACCUAACAAAAUUUAGCUGGCAUACAGUGGGCCACAGUUGGAAAUAAAAGCGCUGAAUUAUGACUAAGGGUAUAACUUUAAUAACUGUCUUGCCAACUUCUAGGGUUUGCUCAAGUUUUGUGACAACUGUAAAAAGCAGGGCAAAGUGCACUGAAAGACUUACAGCUUUUUGGCUUCCUUAUACCAGGCAGUUUCUGCCAUUGUGUCUUGAAACUUUCCUUUGGGAAAGAUAGUAUGGAUCAUCUCCUCCUAGUUUACUAGGAUGAUACCAUCUAAUCAUGUCUUCCAUGGUUUCUCCAUUGCCCUAUAUUAAGGGAAAGAAGACUUUUUCUUAAUGAAGAAAAUGUGAAAAAUUGGUAGUUCCCUGCUCAGUGUGCUGCUGAAGAGUGAUGGGGGAGAGUUGCAAUGUCUCUCUGCCCACUUCUCUGGGCUUGGAGGGGCUCUGCCUUUCUGCAGCUUGACCUCCUAUACAUAAAACCAUGAAGAAGCUGUGAACAAAAGAAAUGCAGACAACCUUCAGCAGCUCUGUCUUUGUCUAAAAUGCAGCUCUGCUGUCCUUCAACAAUAGAAUGUCUUGACAUUCUACUCAUGAAUGGUUUGAAUAUGAAGUAGUUAAAGUUGUAUCAUCUAAAUUUGUCACGCAGACUUCUUGUUUACAUUGCUGCACAUAAGAGACUAAAACACAGGACCUUCUCCAGAGCCACUGAGAUACUGUGUAAAUGUUGUAGUUACAUGAAUUUUGACACCGGAAUAAUUUUGCAAUUCAGCUUUUGCUUGGGUUCAUUUAUUCUGACCUAUGGCAAAUAGAGGAAUAGAUUCUUUGCAUGAUGUGACUAAUUUUUUCUGACUCAUAGUUUGACCUUGGAAUUUUAUGGAUCUCAAUGUAUGCUUUUUUUUUUUCCAUAGCUCUAUAAAGAAUGAUCCUUGUGUAUGGAAUUUGUAUGCAGGUGCUAGCUACUCCUAUAGGUGCUUAUAGGUAACCUAUUUAAAUUGGAUAAAACUAGGGCAAGUAUGUUGUGAAUUGGAAAGAAGGUAACUUGAAAUGUUAAUUGAUACAUGAAUUCUUUGCAUUUAUAAAGAAAUGUAAAAGCUGUGCCAUGUUAACCAGUUGUCACAGCCCCAAAGACAAAGGCCUUGAUCACUUUUCAAUUAAUGUAUUGUCAGUGUUUGCUGAGAGAUCUUCCUCAGUAUUGGCAUCAUACUUUCAGGAAACUUAAACAUGGCAUCUGGUUACCUCUUCUGCUUUCCAAUUAAUCAUCAAGGAUUGAUCCCUUUAAUCAGGUUUGGGUAGUAGCCACUGUCUUUCUAUUGAAUAAUUUCCCCUUCUUUCACUAUGUGGAUAAUGGGAAGCAACUAACAUUAACAAAUGAAACUCUUGUUAAGUCCUUUAGAUUUUUAAAAGGGACAUAGAAUAAGUCCUUUGAUUUGGGAAGCUUAGGAGCCAAACUCUUCCAUAAUUCUCUUCACUGUGGCGCUGUUUGCUAAGUGACAGAUAUAUAAAUGUGUUCUUCCCAAAUUACUUAGAAAUCACUGCAACUCUUAACUAUGAGCCUUACUGGGCACCACUGACAGUGGCAAUCGUUGUGACCCAUCAGCCCAAGAAAUGCUCAAAAGUUAACUGAAGCAGAGGUUCCUUCCUUCCUUAUACCAUAGUAAAAGUUGAUUUGGUUUAAUUUAUUGAAUUUUGAUCAAGACUUAGAGUCUUGAAUCUUUUCCUUGUGGCAAUCACUAAAGCAUCUUAUAUGUAGACUGAGGGAAUCUGAUGUGGAAACCCUUUGUUUUAGUAGUAGAUAUUCAAAAUCAGGCUAGUAGAUAGAUCUCUUAUAAUAAUUCCUUUUCAUAUUUACUAGGUAGAACUUCUGCCUUAGAAAGAAAAAUUAAGAACCAUUUUGCUUGAAUUGUAAUGAAAACAAUGCCUUCUCUUUUUCCUAAUGAAACACAAGAGAAAGGAAACAACUUCUGGGAAUUCCCAAAGUUUCAAAUUGGCCUUAUUAUUGCUGAUCACUGUCCAUAAAAGGUCACUUCACUAUCCUCUGUUGGAGUAAACAGUGUGGAUGUAUCUGCUGAACCAGAAUCCUAGUCAGUAUUAGGAAUUUUAAUGUUACAAUAUCUAAUAUUUCCAUGCGUGUACUGGUUCUGUGAACCACCUGGAAAAAUGGUAAAUUAAACUUACUGAACAGCA